GAAAGGCAAGACCACAAGGUUGAUUUUGAUGUGAUGUGGCAAGAUUAUUUGAAGAAAGAGAAAUGUGAAGUAAUUGUAGACAUUCUUGAUCUUCGUAUUUCAAAAAUUUCUAAACUUUGCAAUUUGAAGAUUAAUAAAGAAAUAUAUGACAUUAUUCAAACCAUGCAAGUUUUUGGAGUGCACUCUCAUG